AUGCCUGCACCACUCUUUCUCCUCCUUCUCCUCCCGCUGCUCCGGAGUCCAGUUUACCAGCAUGCCACUGGAUCAGAGCUAAAUGUGACCAAAGAUGAGCAAAACAUGCCCAACUUGAACACGUUCAACGUUGAUCAGUUAUCAUUAGGAGUUGAAUUUGAAGAGGCUGAAGAUCAUGCGAAGGAAGUCAGAGAAUCUCAGUUCCUUGUGAAUGAUGCAGGAAGAGAGAAACCACCCAUUAAGAAUCCAGCAAAUUUAGAUGGUGGAAAAAAGAACCCUAACAAACACAAAAGAAAAGGAAACGAGAAGAAAACUAAAAGGAAAACUAAAACUCCGUGCGAAGGAAAAUAUAAAGGUUUUUGUGUUCAUGGUGAAUGCAGAUACAUUGAACAGUUUCUAAUACCUGUUUGCACAUGCCACCCAGAUUACUUUGGUGAACGUUGCGUGGAACAGUUUUUGAAGACAAAAAGAACCAAUAAUGAAACAAGUGUCUUAAAAAUAGAAGUUGUGGUAGUAUCAAUUUUCUUCGCGAUGAUCAGUUUCGCCAUCUUUAUAUAUGUCAUCACUGAACAGGUAAGAAAAAAAUGCACUAACUAUAAUGAAAUAGAGGAAAGGAGAAAUCUCAAAAAAGAAAAUGGAAUUCCCAGUAGUAAUGUCUAA